GGCUCUGAGGGACCCGCCAUGGUGAGUGCAGCCGGGGGCUGCGGCCCAUGGCCCCCACUCCGCCUCGGGCUCCUGCUCCAGCUCGUGGCGCUGCUCCGGUCGCCAGGGCCACAGGUCCAGACCCUCAGGCCAGAGAGCCUCCUGCUAGUGUCCACCCUGGACGGAAGUCUCCACGCACUGAGCAAGCAGACGGGGGACUUGAAGUGGACACUGAAGGGUGAUCCCGUCAUCCAGGGGCCAAUGUAUGUCACCGAGACAGCCUUUCUCUCAGACCCAGCUGAUGGCAGCCUGUACGUCUUGGGGACCCAGAAACAACAGGGAUUAAUGAGGCUGCCCUUCACCAUCCCUGAGCUGGUUCACGCCUCCCCGUGUCGCAGCUCUGAUGGCGUCUUCUACACGGGCCGGAAGCAGGAUGCCUGGUUUGUGGUGGACCCUGAGUCAGGAAAGACACAGAUGACACUGACCACAGAGGGUCCCUCUACCCCACGCCUCUACAUUGGCCAAACACAGUACACGGUCACCAUGCACGACCACCGGACCCCGGCCCUGCGCUGGAACACGACCUACCGACGCUACUCGGCACCCCCCAUGGACAGCUUGCCUGGAAAAUACAUGAGCCACCUGGCAUCCUGCGGGAUGGGCCUCCUGCUCACUGUGGACCCAGGAAGCGGGGUGGUGCUGUGGACACAGGACUUGGGCAUGCCAGUGAUGGGAAUCUACACCUGGUACCAGGACAGCCUGCGCCAGCUGCCCCACCUCACGUUGGCUCGGGACACCCUGCAUUUCCUCGCCCUCCGCUGGGGCCACAUCCGACUGCCUGCCUCAGGCCCUCAGGACACGGCUACUGACUUUUCCACCUCAGACACUCCACUCCUGAUGACACUGUACGUGGGGAAGGAUGAAACUGGCUUCUAUGUUUCUAAAGCACUGGUUCAUGCAGGGGUGGCCCUAGUGCCUCGUGGACUGACCCUGGCCCCCAUGGAUGGCCCCACCACAGAAGAAGUGACACUCCAAGUCUCAGGAGAGCGGAAGGGCUCACCUAGCACUGCUGUCAGAUAUCCCUCAGGCAGUAUAGCCCUUCCUAGCCAGUGGCUGCUCAUCGGAUACCAUGAGCCACCCCCAGUCCUGCAUACCACCAUGCUGAGGGUGCAUCCCACCCCACAGAGUGGGACUGCUGAGAACAGACUCUCAGAAGACACACAGGCCCCCACCCUCUUCCUGGAGCUCCUGAGCCUGAGCCGUGAGAAACCUUGGAACCUGGAGAUGCAUCCCGAAGAGAAAACCCCAGACUUGUAUCCAGGGCUGGGACCCCAAGACCUGUUGGCAGCUAGCCUCACUGCUGUCCUCCUGGGAGGAUGGAUUAUUUUCCUAAUGAGGCAGCAGCAACAGCUGGUGGAGAAGGAGCAGCAGACCCUCUUGGCACCAGCAGACCAUCCUCACAUCUCACAGAAUGCUCAGCCCCCACCAUCAGGGGCCACCCCCCAGGGCCAGAAGAAGAAGAGCCUUCCAAGCCCCUCAGAGCAAGCCCAGGCAGUCGAAGAACCAGAAGCUGAGCAGCUUACCGUGGUGGGCAAGAUUUCCUUCAACCCCAAAGACGUACUGGGCCGUGGGGCAGGUGGGACGUUCGUUUUCCGGGGCCAGCUGGAGGGGCGGGCAGUGGCUGUGAAGCGGCUGCUCCGGGAAUGCUUUGGCCUGGUCCGGAGGGAGGUCCAGCUGCUGCAGGAAUCGGACAGGCACCCCAAUGUGCUCCGCUACUUUUGUACCGAGCGGGGACCCCAGUUCCACUACAUUGCCCUAGAACUCUGCCAGGCCUCCUUGCAGGAGUACGUGGAAAAACCAGAGCUGGAGCGCUGGGGCCUGACGCCCUUGAUGGCGCUGCAGCAGCUGAUGUCCGGCCUGGCACACCUGCAUUCCCUACACAUAGUGCACCGGGACCUGAAGCCGGCCAAUGUCCUCAUCGCCGGGCCUGAUGGCCCUGAUGGCACAGGCAGGGUGGUGCUCUCAGACUUCGGCCUCUGCAAGAAGCUGCCUGCUGGCCGCUAUAGCUUCAGCCUCCGCUCGGGCAUCCCCGGCACGGAAGGCUGGAUGGCCCCCGAGCUCCUACAGCUCCUGCCCUCUGACAGUCCUACAAGCGCAGUGGACAUCUUCUCUGCAGGCUGUGUGUUCUACUACGUGCUUUCUGGUGGCAGCCACCCUUUUGGAGAGAGUCUUUAUCGCCAGGCCAACAUCCUUGCAGGGACUCCCAGCCUGACUCACCUGGAGGAAGAGGCACAUGACAAGGUGGUUGCCAGGAACCUGGUGGAGGCCAUGCUGAGCCCCCUGCCCCAGGCCCGCCCCUUGGCUCACCAGGUGCUAGCCCACCCCUUCUUCUGGAGCAGAGCCAAGCAGCUCCAGUUCUUCCAGGACGUCAGCGACUGGCUGGAGAAGGAGUCUGAGCGAGGGCCCCUGGUGGCGGCGCUGGAGGCGGGGGGCUCCACGGUGGUCCGGGGCGACUGGCACAAGCACAUCUCUGUGCCGCUCCAGACAGAUCUGAGACGGUUCCGGACAUAUAAGGGGACGUCAGUGCGAGACCUGCUCCGUGCUCUGAGGAACAAGAAGCACCACUACAGGGAGCUCCCGGUGGAGGUCCGGCAGGCACUCGGCCAUGUCCCCGACAGCUUCGUCCAGUACUUCACGGCCCGCUUCCCACGGCUGCUGCUCCACACGUACGGUGCCAUGAGGAGCUGUGCCUCCGAGAGCCUCUUCCUGCCCUACUACCCACCGGCCUCAAGGGCCGGGAAGUCAUGCCCAGCCGGGAGGUGAGGCCGCCAGACCAGGAGUGGGGUCCAUGGCUGAGGCCAGCCUUGGUG